AUACAUUUUUAGUCUGGCAAGAAAAUUCGAGGUGCGCAGGAAAAAAAAGUUAAAAUCGUUCUUUCGUGAAGUUGCGUCACCCACAUGUUCUGUUUCUGGUGAAAUAAAAUAAGAAAAUAAAUUAAAUAGCUGUCUUAUUCACACAAUAAAAAUGUUGACCGCGACGCGGGUAAUAGGCCGAAAGGCGUUGGAGUGUUCUGGAUUAUCAUCAGACUUGUACACACAAAGGAAUUUUUCGUCAAUUCUUAAAAACACUGCAGCCCCUACAGUACCAAUAUAUCAGCGACAUGGCCUACAACACAGAAAUAAAUCCGAAGGCGUGCGCGGUGCAGUCAUCGGUAUCGAUCUUGGUACCACCAACUCUUGCGUUGCCGUCAUGGAAGGCAAAACGCCUAAGGUGGUUGAAAACAGCGAAGGAUCUCGCACGACGCCCUCGCACGUGGCGUUCUCUAAGGAGGGCGAGCGGCUGGUCGGCAUGCCGGCCAAGCGGCAGGCCGUCACCAACAGCGGCAACACGUUCUACGCGACCAAGCGGCUCAUAGGCCGCAGGUUCGACGACCCGGAGGUGCAGAAGGACAUGAAGAAUCUCUCGUACAAAGUGGUCAGGGCUUCGAAUGGUGACGCCUGGGUGCAAGGCAGCGACGGCAAGGUGUACUCGCCGAGUCAGAUCGGCGCGUUCGUGCUGAUGAAGAUGAAGGAGACAGCGGAGGCGUACCUGAACACGUCGGUGAAGAACGCCGUCAUCACCGUGCCCGCCUACUUCAACGACUCGCAGCGACAGGCCACCAAGGACGCCGGUCAGAUUUCGGGUCUCAACGUGUUGCGUGUGAUCAACGAACCGACCGCGGCGGCGCUCGCUUACGGCAUGGACAAGACUGACGACAAAAUUAUUGCGGUAUACGACUUGGGAGGCGGCACCUUCGACAUAUCGGUUCUGGAGAUCCAGAAAGGCGUGUUCGAGGUGAAGUCUACUAACGGCGACACGCUGCUCGGUGGGGAGGACUUCGACAACGUCAUCGUCAACUUCCUCGUCGACGAGUUCAAGAGAGACCAAGGCCUUGACAUCCGCAAAGACGCGAUGGCCAUGCAGCGAUUAAAGGAAGCCGCUGAAAAGGCCAAGAUCGAACUUUCUGGAUCACUACAGACAGACAUUAACUUGCCAUACCUCACUAUGGAUGCAUCUGGACCCAAACACAUGAACCUUAAGAUGACGCGGUCGAAGCUGGAGUCGCUGGUAGGUGACCUGAUCAAACGCACGGUGGCGCCCUGCCAACGCGCCCUGCAGGACGCGGAGACGCAGCGCUCUGACAUCGGUGAGGUGCUGCUCGUCGGUGGCAUGACGCGUAUGCCUAAGGUGCAACAAACAGUGCAAGAGAUCUUCGGUCGUGCGCCGUCCCGCGCGGUGAACCCCGACGAGGCGGUGGCGGUGGGCGCGGCGGUACAGGGCGGCGUGCUUGCCGGCGACGUGACCGACAUCCUGCUGCUCGACGUGACGCCGCUCUCGCUCGGUAUCGAAACGCUCGGCGGCGUCUUCACCAAGCUCAUCACCAGGAACACUACCAUACCCACCAAGAAGAGCCAGGUCUUCUCCACAGCGGCUGACGGACAGACACAAGUUGAAAUCAAAGUACACCAGGGUGAGCGAGAGAUGGCUUCCGACAACAAGCUGCUGGGACAAUUCUCACUAGUGGGCAUCCCUCCGGCGCCGCGCGGUGUGCCGCAGAUUGAGGUCACCUUCGACAUCGACGCCAACGGCAUCGUGCACGUGUCCGCCAGGGACAAAGGCACCGGCAAGGAACAACAGAUCGUGAUCCAGUCGUCAGGCGGUUUGUCCAAGGACGAGAUCGAGAACAUGGUGAAGGCGGCAGAACAGUUUGCGGCAACCGACAAGCAGAGGCGCGAGCGCGUCGAGGUCGCCAACCAGGCCGAGGGCGUGCUGCACGAUACCGAGACCAAGAUGGACGAGUACAAGAGCCAGCUGCCGCAAGACGAGUGCGACAAGUUGCGCGAGGAGAUCGCGAAGCUGCGCGAGUUGCUCGCGCGCAAGGACAGCGCCGACCCCGAGGAGAUCCGGACCGCCACCCAGCAACUGCAACAGGCCAGUCUGAAGCUCUUCGAGCAGGCCUACAAGAAGAUGGCGGCGGAGCGCGAAGGCGGCCAGCAACAACAAGAGCAGCAGUCAACGGAACAGGGCGAGAAGAAGGAAGAGAAGAACUAAAGAGUGCACCGCAUCAUCAUCGCCGCACAGUACGGCGGAAGCCAUGCCGCCGCGGCUGGGAACACAUACCGAGUCGCCAUCUGUAUUCAAACAACAUCUCCAUUCUUAUCACAUAAGCCAGAAACAUUUCCAAUCAUCACAAAUCAAACAGAGAAUUGCACCAUCCCGCUUAGUCAAAUAAUUCUGUACAGAUUUUAUUGGUCCCUUUCUUGUCUGAACCAAACAUCAUACAGUUUAAUGACAGUAGGUGCACACAAUUUGUUUUGACACUUUUAUUAAUUUUAUGUAUUCUCUUGUAUUGAUUCGAGCCCCGGCGAUGUGUAUAUUCCACGUUUAUUCGUAACAAAGAGAGCGUUCGCGCGCGUCCUUGCCUGUUUUACAGAUCGGAGACGCGCGCUAGUCGCUAGUUGUUGUUUAGUUGGUAUUGGCUGUUACCGAGGCGGCGCCGUGCGUCCGUCCGACACCUGUGUGAGUGUGAUGUUCCCUGUCUGCACUUUCAAUAUUUGUUAUUUAUAAUACUUUACUGGUAUUACCUAUCGGCCUGCAUAGUAGUCCUACUUUUGCAAUAUUACACCAAAAAUUCAAAUAAGGCAAGCAUAUUAUGUAUUGAACAAAGAUUUGUCACAAGUAAAUUGGUGAAAGUAGUAUUGGGUACAGACGCUGUAUGCAGACGACACGUUCAUACGUAACACUACCGGUGUGUUUUGGACUUGUUCGUGAGUACUGUAUAUGGCUGGUAAUUAGAUUAAAUUCAAAUAUGUACAAUAUAUUAAAUUAUCAAUGUAGAAUGAACAUCUUUAAAAUUUUGAUUUAUAUCAACGAGUUAGCUUUACAGUGCAUUUAGGCAACAACACGGUGCUAAAGAUGUCUGUCCAUCGAGGUAAAAGCAUAGUCUGUAAAUAUCAAACCAAUAGUAUUCCAUUGAAACAAAUAUCGAGUAUUUUAUGCAGUCGUCUUGGUCAAGAUUCCUCGCCUGCUCCGCCCCACUCUAGUGGACAGACAUCUUAAUACGCGCCACUAGGAAAGAAUGACGUAAUGUUUGAUUUUCAAAUAAGUUGUAAAAUAAUUGUUAUAAAUGAUAGUGAUCUAUCAUCAAUAUAAAUUCUCACAGGAAUGUGAGGUUGAGGAAGUGUGCGUCGCUUCUGCGGUGCCAUCGUUAGUUGCUAUCGUGAUGUGGUUAGCAAGUAGUUAUUCCGCCGAGUUUUGCAGCGUGCCUCGGCUCCGUCUUCAGUGUAGUGAAAUUGUUUUUAUAAUAUAAUAUUGUGUCUGUGUGUGUAUGUAUGUAUGUGACUGAGCGUGCGUGAGUGUUGUGUAAACGUGGGCGCGGGCGUCGCCGCGGCUUAUUGUAUGUAUGUUUGUUAGAAUAGUGAAUAUAUUAUUUCCAAAUUUA